AUGGAUUUAUUAUUUUUUAAAGUAUGGAGAAAUAAAUAUUUAAAUAACUAUAUUUAUAAAAUUGUUGAAGAAUUUGAAUAUUAUAAACAAAGAAAACCAAUUAAAAAUAGUAAAAUUUUAAGAAAAUUGAAAAAUGGUCAAUAUCUUACAAAUAUAAUUUUAAAUAGUAAAUCAGUAUUUAUUGAUGGUUAUGAAUUACCUGAAACCAUAUCAAUAUUAGAAUUGGGUGGUAAAAUGGUGUCACCCUUAAAAGAGAAUAACAUAACUCCAUACAUCAGCAAACUAAUAAUCAGUAGUGUUUCAAUUAAUUAUAGUAUUCCAUCGUCAAUUUUACCAACUCAUUCAAUUACACAUUUAAAAUUUUGUAAUCAGUGUGAAAUUAAUAUUGAAUUUCAAAUUGGGACAUUACCACCGUCAUUGAGAACACUCUAUUUAGGAAACUACAAACAUCCUUUAAAAGAAGGCAUUCUACCCACUGGUUUACUAAAAUUAACAAUACACUCAUACGAAUACCCAAUUAAAAAAAAUGAUAUCCCAAACACUGUAAAAGUACUAACCUAUGGUAAAAAAUUCAUAGGUUGUAAACCUGCAAAUAGCGAUACCAACACUAAUAGCAAUAUUAAUACCAAUACUAAUAAAAUUAAUAAAUUGUUAAAUAUUGUUAUACCAAAUUCAGUUGAAGAAUUAUCAAUUUUAUUUGAUAUUGGUUAUAUACCGAUUUUAGCAGACUCUAUUAGAAAAUUAACUAUUGGGAGAUUAAAUUUUAAUUUAGAAUUUACAGAUAAAUUAAAUAAGAGAACAUUCCCAUACAAUUAUUGUUUUUUACCAGAGAAUAUAACUGAUUUAACAUUUUUACAAAUUAUACCAUUAUACAAUACAUAUGGUGGUAAAUGGAUUAUUAAUGAUGAUAUAUUACCAAAAUCAUUAAUAUCUUUAAAAUUUGGAUUUUUAUGUUCAAUUGAAUUUUUAAAUAAUUCAUUAUCAUCUUUAAAAAAUUUAAAAGAAUUAGAAUUAUUAAAUAGUUAUUUUUUACCAAAACCAACGUCAACAAAAUCAAAAUCAUCUACAACGAUGAUGACACAAUUAUUUAAAUUUGAAAUACCAAAAUCAAUAGAGAAAUUAAAAUUAUCAAGAGAUUUUUCAAUUUUAAAUUCAAUAGUUAAUAAAGAAUUGUUGUUACCAUUAUUAUCAGAUUUAUCAAUUGGGUUAUAUGAUGAUAAUGAUGAUGAUAAGUUUAAUUAUUUAGGAUCAUUACCUGAAACAAUUAAAAUAUUAGAAAUUCAAAUUAGUAAUUUAGGAAUUGAGAGAUCAUUUUCAUCAAUUACAUCAUUAAAGAUAUCUGGUAUUAAUUUUCAAAAUAUUAAUAUUGUACCUUUUAAAGCACCAUUAUUGAAAUCAUUAGAAUUUGAUGAUAAUUUUAAUAAUAAAAUUUGUAUUGAUUUUAUACCGAAAUCUGUAACAACUUUAAUAUUUGGUAAUCGUUUUAAUAGACCAUUAUCAUCAUUAAAUCUACCACAAUCUUUAACAAAAUUAACAUUAGGUUGUAGAUUUCCAAAAGAAAAUAUUAAUCAACUUUAUAAUCAAUUACCAAAUUUAAAAUUAAUAAAUUUUAAAAAAAAAUUCGAACUUCUUUAA